AAAAUAUUCUCAUUUAUAUUAUUUAUAUAUUAGGCCUCGAGUGUCUAGGUUGUUGAUUUUGUUGUGGCAUAUAUCCAAUACGUUCGUGAAUUUCAGUUUGUGGAACUUUCCCACUCCAGGAAGGAGGAUUAAAAUUUUGUUGUCUCUCAGCUUCCUUCUUUGCUUCGUGUGCCUUUUUCAUAGCUUCGUACUCCUGCAGAUCGUCCAAUCGCAAUUCAAUUUUCGUUGGAUUUCGUCGGAUCAUUUUAUCAAUUCGAUUUUAAAAGUAACCUGUCAAAACGUGAUUACGUUUGUUUGAUUUAAAAUUUUGAUGUGGGAUUGCAUACUACCGUAUUGAUUAAUAGGAUAAAUUAUUGGACGUCUUUGUCAGCAGCCAAUGAACAUGCUUGUUUGUCGAAUAUAAAAUCAAAUGGAACGUCCACGUAAUUCACUUGAAUUUGUCGUAAGAAUAUUCUUCUUCUUCUUUUUUUUUUUUUUCUUUUUUAUCUACUAUUUGUCUUACGUAGUUCAGAAAUGUUAAAUAAAAAAGAUUAAAUAUUUCAUGCAAUGAGAAGGAUAAUUAAAAUAAUUAUGAUCGUAUUAUUUCGUAAGAAAUUCCAAGAAAAAUUUUUUUUCGAAUCAAUGAUGGUGCCCCGAUUGCUAAACGAACUUGUCUAUAUACGGACCUGAGAGGACACAUAAGAUGGCGGACAAUACCGGAACAGAGAACUGGCCAGUAUUAAUUUGAAAUUAUGCUGGACCGACUAGGAUGCACCGAUAAUUGAUUCCCUUAUUUUCCGACCGUAUGAUAUUUUUUUCGUAGGACGUCAGAUUCGAAUCAGUUCGAACAUUCGUACCGCUUUUGAUCGUAACGUUAGAAGAAUAUGCGGGUAGACCGAGGCUUCUGACCGCCGUAAACACGCUUCCGAUCGAGUGCUACAAUUUUCGUUAAUUCCUCUACGGCGGCGAGCACUCUCCUAUUGUAAAUUAUUAAUUAUUGUAAAUCGGACAGCGGACAGCGUAACGCCGGUACGAGAGGAUGCUUUACUUGGAAGAUUAUGUCGAAAGUACGUAAAAACGAGGCGUGCUCUGCUUUAGCCAGCUUCAUGAGAAAAGUUACUAACCUUUCCGAAUAUACACUCUCAUUGGAAACAUUGAAAAUUUCUUUUGAAAAUAGAUUUUUAUUUUGAUGUUGCAUCUUCCAAUGAAACAAUCUCGAAUGAUACUUUAAUUUUCCGGAUUACGAACUUUCAACGAGAAACGACAAUGUUUAUCGUAGAACGUUUAAUAAGUUUUAGGUUAAGGAGAUAUUUGUCAAAAGUGAUUGAGCAUCUCCCACAAGAAUUAAGGGAUCGGUUCACUGAAAUGAGAGAAAUGGAUUUAGGUGUACAAAAUUCUAUGGAUAGUUUAGAGAAAAAAGUCAAGACAUUCUUUUCAAAUGCCAAAAAAAUGAAGCCUAACGAAAAAGAAGCGGAAUAUGAAGCUAUUAGAAGAGAAUAUUAUAAAACUUUAGAAGAUGCGGAUGAAAAAGUACACUUAGCGAAUCAAAUGUACGAUUUAGUAGACAGAUAUUUAAGAAGGUUAGAUCAAGAAUUGCACAAAUUUAAAAUGGAGCUAGAGGCCGAUAAUAAAGGAAUUACAGAAAUUUUGGAAAAAAGAUCUUUGGAGUUAGAUCAACCCUCUACGAAUAGCAGUCAAAAAGAAAAUCAUUAUAGUUUCACGCCUAGUAGAUCGCGAGACAAUCAUGGCCACUCUCGAUCAGAGAAAAGGAGAGAUUCCAAUACGUCUUCUACUUCUAUAGAGAAACGAUUAGCGAUAGAAAAAAUUCCUCCAAGUCUUCCUGAGUCCCGGCCGACAUCGACUAAUUCCGGACCAAUAAUAGCACCUACAAGCGUACCAUCAACCCCAUCCGCAAUCGUGAAUUCGGUUGGCCCUGUGAGCUAUAAUCUUGGCCAUAUAGGUGCCGGUGGUAAUGCCAUAGCGGCAGCUGCUUCUCAAGCUAUAGCUGCAACGCAACAAAUGCAACAAGGCAGGCGGACAGCUAGUUUAAAAGCUAGUUACGAGGCCAUUAAUACCGGAGGCGUCCAUGCUGCCGAAUUUAGUAGAGAAUUAGCUGGAGCUGCUCAGACUGCUAUCGCAGCUAUUCAAGAAACAACUAAAAAGAAUAAAAAGAAAGUAAAUGCUGCCAUUCCAAGCUCAAGCGUCAUCGCUGCCACGGUUCAGCAACCUGUAUCACCACCAGUCGUAACGACGACGACGACGACAACGGUAACAGACUCGGAUAAUACAGAUUGGACGUAUGAUCCCAAUGAACCAAGAUAUUGCAUAUGCAAUCAAGUAUCCUAUGGAGAUAUGGUUGCUUGCGAUAAUUCAGACUGCCCUUUCGAAUGGUUCCACUACCCGUGCGUAGGUAUUACCGCGCCACCAAAAGGGAAGUGGUACUGUCCUCAAUGUACAUCUUCUAUGAAGAGACGAGGAGGUCGAAAAAACUAAUUUCAUUGUAAUUAGUGGAUAAACUACAAGAAUGGAUUGCUACUACCUCUUAGGCACUGUUUAUCGGGUACCAACUUAGUUAGGAAUCUGUUAAUUUUCAUUUUAUAUGACUUUUUAAACGCGUUAAAGUUUAAGUCAUUAUCUUAUAUUCGGGCUUGGUCUUGCGUAUUUAAGCUUUGAGUUUCUGUUUAGUCAAGCAGAAGGCUGACCAAGAAAAAGAAGUUUAGUGACACAUUUGAUCUUUCUCGCUGGACUUUUUUUAUUGCGUUUUGUAGGAGACCGGAAGAUGUCGAGUGAGGUGAUGCGAACAGUAAUUAAAUCCUCCGUUGAAUUCUAUUAUUAAA